AUGGAACUUAGCAAAGAGCCGGAAUCAGUUUCUAUGUCCGAUACUGAUGGUACUGCAAAAGCAAGGAGAGAAGACUCUGAGAGCACAACCGGCGAAAUUGAUACUGAAUUAUUCCAUUCCAUUGAUGAUUCGACGAUUAAAAAGCCUGAUGGUUUGAAAUUUACGCCGCCUCAAUCUGAUGCUCAUCUCCUCAAAACUUCUAAAAAUUCCAACUCAUCCGCACAAUGUGAUCCCGUUUCAUCAGCAAUUUCUACCUUAACAAAUCAAAUUCAAGAGAGUCAAGAAAAUGAACCAACAAAAACAGUUAAAAUUGAAAAAAAGAGUAGUAGAGUUGGAAACGAGUAUCUAGUUAAUAUUCCCGCCAUGUUGACAACCAAUCCCAUCGAAUACCAUAGUAAUGCUGAAUUGCAAGAGGAGCUCACUUGGAGAUCGAAUGUAAUUGAAAAUGUAAAAGAUGAAGAGAUCUUUGUGCAGGAAACUCGGAAUGUUUACUGGAGAGCAGUUUGGAGACAGUUUCACGGACAAGUGCAGUUCGAGACAGUUUUACAGCAUUUGAUGGAGAAUGAAUAUUCAUUCGCAAAGAGUCUUGAGAAUAUUGAGAAUAUUCUCUCUUCCUUACCUCCAACCACCAAGAUUCUAUCCAAAUGGCAAGCUCUUCGACUCUUUCAGCAAGCCAUGGACGAGUACGUAACCCAUGAAAAAUUGCGGAAAUUAGUGAUGCCCAAUUUCAACAUAACGGAUAUUCAUCUAUUCCGUUUUCAAUUCAUUCGUUUUUACAUGUUUAAUGCGGCCUGUAUAUGUCAUCAUUCUCUGUGUAAUCCAGUGGAAUUUGAGCCUCGUCACGGAUGCACUAACUAUGCCAAGCUGCUGAAAGAAUCAUCAGAUAUCGAGAAAUUGUGUCUGCUCUGUCAAACGUAUCAAAUGAUAACUGGCACGACAAGACCGUCUAACCAUGUUAAUUUCACGAAUGAGGAGAGAAAAUUGAUUUCAGCAUGUAAGGCUAAUGAAAAAGAAUUAAAUAAAUUCAUGGAUCGCGAAGUUUUUGAAAAAUUGUGCAAUGAUGAAAAGAUUCAACGCUGGAAAGACUUGAAACUCACGGACGAAGAAAACAUUAUGCUGGGAUUCGAAAAUUCCAGAACCAGAACUAGUUACACAAAAAAGACUGAUGCUCAAAAACGCACGUAUCUGUUAGAGAACCUUCAACCGUUUGUGCUUCCCAUCUUCAUCGAUUGCAAUUGUUUCAAUUCGGCAGAGAGAAAGGCUCUGAUGAAGAAACAACAGUUGUGUCUGCCAAAGGUUUAUGGACCACGUGUGGUUCGAUUUGCCGAAGAUUUCAACCCGUGGCUUGAUCUCUCCACUGAAUAA